AUGGGGAUUCUUCUGAGCCCGGGAACCUACAACCUACAAUUGACCUUCACACCUACUCAAAUCGCGAAGAUCAGAUGGAGUAUCCAGACUAGCGUACUAUUUAUGAGGGGAGCCGAAAGCCAGGAAUGCCGCUCUGAUCAGAAACUUUGUAAAUUAAAAAUCCCGGUCUUCACCAAUCCUGCUUCUUGUUGCGGAGCCGUGGAUUGCCACUGCAUUUAUGCCUUAAUUACGUUUCCUCUGCUAUUCCUCCUGGCGAUCCAGAGUUUCUACUCAAUGAUUAUCUCGUUCGCCGCAAUGAUCAUCAUCCUGAGGUUGGUGAACGGUCACUCCCAUCGGGAACGCAUCCGCUCAAAGUUUUUCCUCGUCUGGGGCAUCCUGUCAUAUGUGCAACUCCUGCUGCUCUUCCAGCUGGUGGUCGUGCCGCAGCUGAAGAUCCUUCUGUCCGAGAACGCCGUCCUCACGAGCCUCGUGGUAGCAGCUCUGUACUUCGCGCAAUGCUCCAGGAGGAAUCCGGGGAUUUUGAAUCCUCAUCGCAACGAGGACGAAACUAAAAUUCUCAUCGAAGAAGAAGGCGUCCGUGAAGGUCGUUGCGCAGUUUGCCUCCUCCCGAUGCCGCCGCGAACUUCUCACUGUCUCAUGUGCGGAGUGUGCGUUCUGCGAAGAGAUCACCACUGCAUUUGGCUAGACGUUUGCAUCGGCGCCAACAAUCACCGACAUUUCAUACUUGGUCUUUUCACGCUCGCAGCCGGUUUAUUUUACGGUGCAAACCUGACGUUGACUUCAAUCUGUCAGCCAAUGAUGUUUUGGGGUUUGUUCCUGGUUCCCCAAUCAUGUCCGGGAGUCUUUGACGCUUGGCUCGACGCCUGGGUUUACGUGAGUGCCGUAUACGCAGCAUUGGUGGCAUGUCUCGUGACCGUGGUGCUCUUACAGCAAUUGCUCAUGGUCGCUUGUAACACGACCGUUUACGAAAUCAGGAAAUACCAACAGCUCAACGGAAGUUUAAAGCCCGCUUCUCUAAUCAGCAACUGCUUCAAUUUCUGGGUGAAAUAG